AAGAUGAAAAGACUUUUACGCGAGUUAGCUGAUGCUUAUAAAGCAAUGUUUGAAACCAAUCGUCAGAAACGAGAAUUCUUUGGACUUAGAGAUUUUUAUAGUUUGGUGAAGAUGGUGUACGCAUUUGCUGCCAAACAACGUCGUCCUCUCUGUUGGCACCAGCUGGAACACUCAGUACUUAGAAACUUUGGAGGCUUGGAUACUGUGGAUCCUGUAAAAGUCUUUCGUGAAAAGAUUACUAUAUUAUUGAAAGGGGAAAAGCGACAUGAAGAUGAUCCUGUCAACACUACAGCUGAUCUGAUAGAAGCAGCUCUGUCCAGAGAUGGUACUGGAAGCGAAAGUCGUUAUCUUCUGCUUUUGACCGAGAAUUAUGGAGCUCUUGGAAUACUUCAACAGAUGGUAGGCAAACACAAAGUCGUAACCAUAUUUGGAAGCAGUUUCCCAAAAGACCAGGAAUACACACAGGUUUGCCGAAACAUUAACCGUAUCAAGGUGUGUAUGGAAACUGGAAACACAGUGAUUUUGCUGAACCUUGAAAACCUGUACGAGAGUCUGUAUGAUGCCUUAAAUCAAUAUUACUCUCGACUUGGUGGAGAACGAUUUGUUGACCUUGGCCUGGGUACACACCGUGUGAAGUGUCGAGUUCACAAAGACUUCAGACUGAUUGUUGUGGCAGAGAAGCAUAUUGUGUAUGAAAAGUUCCCGAUUCCACUUAUAAAUCGGCUGGAGAAACAUUUCCUGAGACUGAACAACCUAAUGAAUGAUCGCCAGUCCCAUCUUGCAGAUGAACUUGACCUCUGGGCAAAGCAUUUUGUCACAAAAUGCAAAAGAGGGUACAACACAGAACAAACCGUGAACAUUGCUGAUGCUUUCAUGGGCUACCAUCCAGACACCACUGCUGCCAUUGUUUUACACAUGUGGGAUGAAAAAGAUGGCCAUAUUGAUGAUCAUUUCUUGGAAGAUUGCAAGAAGAUGCUGUUGUGGAGUGCUACACCACAUUAUGUUCUACGACUUGAAGAAACCCAACUGUUCCUUGAGAAAGACUGGGCUUUGCAUACAUAUUUUACAGAACAGCCUCAUGAUGAUAUUUGCAGUUACAUUAAAUAUAGUCUUGGCAGAUCUACGAGCAACAAUGUAUAUGCUCAGGUGACAACCUAUUCAAAGCUUUUGACUGACCAGGAGAAAAAAGAGAUCAUGAGUUCCUUUGGUUUAACAGAGAACAACAUAAUUCUUCUCACUCUCCAGUCUUUUGACACAGAACAGCAAUUCUGUCAACAAAUCAGACUUUCAUGA